GGAGGGCGGAAGUCCCGCGAUAUCUGGCGAGCCGGAAGUGAGGCGGACCUUUUCCGGCGACGGCGGCAACCAUGGCUGACCCUGUAGAACAGAAGAAGAAAAGGACAUUCAGGAAAUUCACCUACAGAGGUGUGGACCUGGAUCAGCUCCUUGAUAUGUCCUAUGAACAGUUGAUGCAGUUGUAUUGUGCUCGGCAGCGGAGGCGUGUGAACAGGGGUCUGCGCCGCAAACAGCAGUCCCUCCUCAAACGGCUGCGCAAGGCCAAGAAGGAAGCUCCGCCAAUGGAGAAACCCGAGGUGGUGAAGACACAUCUUCGUGACAUGGUGAUCCUUCCGGAGAUGGUCGGCAGCAUGGUCGGUGUGUACAACGGCAAAACCUUCAACCAGGUUGAAAUCAAGCCUGAAAUGAUCGGCCACUAUCUUGGAGAGUUCUCUAUCACCUACAAACCUGUCAAGCACGGUAGACCUGGUAUUGGUGCCACUCACUCCUCCAGAUUCAUCCCUCUGAAGUAGUGUCUAUCAUGGAAAUGUUGUGUAAAUAAAACUCAUUCCAGUACAA